GCCAGCACAGGAACCUGCAGCCCAGGAGCAGAGAGGCUGAGGCCAGCACAGGAACCUGCAGCCCAGGAGCAGAGAGGCUGAGGCCAGCACAGGAACCUGCAGCUCUCCCUCCUGGCGCUCCAGCAUGCAAAUCUCUGCAGCACUUCUGUGCCUGCUGCUCACAGCGGCUGCCUUCAGCUCCCAGGUGCUUGCCCAGCCAGAGGGGACUAACAGUGGCAAAACCUGCUGCUACAGAUUCUACAACAGGAGGAUGGACCUGCAGAAGCUGAAGAGCUACACACUCGUCAGCAUCAGCUACUGUCCCCGGGAAGCUGUGAUCUUCCAGACCAAACAGCACCGAGAGGUCUGUGCUGACCCCAAGUGGCCGUGGGCCCAAAAUGCCAUUGCCUACCUGAACAAGAAAACUCAGACUUCAAACCAUGAGCCCCUCUACAUCCCCCAGACUAAAUUGUAUUUUCUGGGGGCCAUGUGGCUGAAUACUAACCAAUUAGGUGAAGGCAGAGUGAUCAAAAGUGCACAGAGACUGAGACCAAUCCAGAAGCCUCCAGCUUGUGCUCCACGCUCAUCUGCUUGCCUCAGCAUGAAGGUCUCUGCAGCACUUCUCUGCGUGCUGCUCACGGCAGCUGUUUUCAGCUCCCAGGUGCUUGCUCAGCCAGCUUUUGUCCCAACCACUUGCUGCUUCUCUAUGGCCAAGAAGAUCCACAUUCAGCGGCUGGAGAGCUACAGAAGAAUCAGUGGCAGCAAAUGCCCCCAGAAAGCUGUGAUCUUCAAGACCAAGUUGGCCAAGGAGAUCUGUGCUGAUCCCAAGGAGAAGUGGGUCCAAGAUUCCAUAAAAUACCUGGACCAAAAAUCCAAAACUUCAAAGCCAUAGUCACCUAUUCUGAGACCAAACUGAAGUUUGAGAAAUGCUUCAUUUAUUUUCCUUCUCAAGAUGCAUUCUGAGGGGCUGAAGCUGCAGCGUAGUAAGCUAAGCCUCACCUGUGGCACCUGCAUCCAAUAUGGGUGACAGUUCAUGUCCCAGCUGCUCCUCUUUUCAUCCAGCUCUUGCUU